AUGCGAAUGGCCUUCUGGCCUCCCCGGCUCGGCUCCGCGACCGCGCGCCAGCCUUCGUCUCUCGGAGCCUUCCUCGCUUCGCGGUCCUCGGCCUCUGCGCGCGAACUUGGUGCCGAGCCUCCUCGCAGCGCCCGAGAGGCGAGACGCGCAGCAGACGCGCGCAGAGCGUCGCUCGCCGCCACGACCAAGAGGAGCCGCUCACUCUGGAACAGCUGGAGGCGCGUCGCCGGUGUGUGCGAGCGCGAAAAGACGUUCAGGCGCGACGAAGCCGACGCGAGCAACGCAGACGGCGACGCUGCAGUCCCAGGACUGGAAUCGAGCGUCGGAGGAGACGACGAAGAAGCGGCGACAGAAGAAGAAAAAAGAGACAAGUUUGGCGAAGAAGAAGAGGACGGAGAAGGCGAAGAAGAGGAAGGAGAAGAAGAGGAAGAAGGAGAAGAAGAGGAAGGAGAAGAAGAGGACGGAGAAGGCGAAGAAGAGGAAGGAGAAGAAGAGGAAGGAGAAGAAGACAGAGAGGAAGUAGGAGACGAAAUGGGAGACAUCGCCGGAACGAAGGGCGGCUCUGAAGACGCGGCGCGUUGUGGCGCCAUCGUGGAUGAGAGAAAAGGAAACCAAUGCGAGAGAGAGCAAGUCUGGACCCAAGAAAGGACAUUCUUGGACUGCAUGCAUAUGCAAGAAAUCAACGCGAGAGCUAAGUGGCUGGCGGCUCACCCGCCUCUGCCAGAAGGAUGCGGAGACGCGAAGUCGGCGCGCGGCAGGCGCCUGCAUUUCGGGGGACGAACAUUUGACAGGCCCGGCAACGAAGGAUUUUCCUCAGAGAAGGAAGCUUCUUCUGCGUAUCUGGACGGCCUCCGAAACAGGCCUCGCGCUCUCCUGGCCUUCGUGGUACCGCCACCCGCUAGGCGAGAGUCGAGAAAAGUCGACCUGUCGAGAGACGCGCCGUAUGGAGAAGAGGAAAAUGGAGUAGAAGACGAAGGAGAAAAGAAAGUCGAAAGUUCACCAUCGCUCAGCACAAUGUACAGAGAAGGCGCCAGAGGCGGGCACAAUCCACGAGGUCGCAGAGGUGGCGGCCCUCCUCAGCCCUGGGAUCGCUACGACGACGGCUACGGCUCGAGGCCGCUUGGCCAGCGAGGCCUGCCCGACGGGGAUCAGCAUCCCCCGCCGCCUCCACCACCUGCGCGCAGCUUCUACGCCGCCUCUGCGAAUCCGUCGACUCGACGAGGCAACGCGAACUUCGCCCAAGCGUCCUUCUCGGCGUCGAGACGCGUCGUCGGCCUCGAUCACGACGACUUCCACCGCAAUCAACGCAACUUCUCCAGCGCCUUCCCCGGCGACGGCUCGAGUGGACGGACGCCCCCGCAUGGCGGCUCGCGGCGGAACGGCGUUCCCUUUGCCUCGCGCCCAGGACACUACGCGGACGGCGACUUUGCGCGGCAUCCCCGGCGCGGCCGCGGGAGGUCGGACUGGGGUCGCCGAGGAGCAGGCGCCAGAUUCUGCGACCCAGACGGCAGGCGAGGCGAAAACGACGCCAGCGAAAGCUCGAUGCAAGAGGCGCCGGACGCCCCUCUGCCGCCUUCUGCGUAUUGCCGCAACUUCGCCUUCUCAGGUCAGUGCAAAUUCGGAGUCCGGUGUCGCUACUCCCACAGCCUGCAGUGCGUCGGCUGGGCGCUGGAGGCGCAUGCAGAGCAGCCCAUCACCUGCUCGGCGGUGAACUCCGCGACGGCCGACGGAGUGCCAGAAGUUUUCACCGGAGGCAAAGAUCGCUUUGUCAGGAGGUGGGCAGUAGUAGUGGCGCAGGCGGGGAAUCCGACGGCGUCGCCCGGGGCGUCUGGCGACGAAGCGUCUCUCUGGCUGGAGUUCGAGUGCCGGCAAGAAGUCGCCGUGGACAGCGAGCCGACGACGAUGUUCUUCACCGAAGGCGUACUCUUCGUCGGCCUCCAAAAUGGUCUCGUCCUUGCCCUGAUGCCGUCUGGAGAACUGAAGCAGUUGAGGCGCCACGGGUCAGCGGUGCAUGCGUUGGUGGCGAUCGACGCGGUCCUGGUUUCUGCGGAGUGGGAGGGCCGAAUUUGUGUCUGGAAAUUCGAAAACAACGACUUCGUUAUCGCCAAGGAAUUGGACGUUCCUGGAAAACUCACAUGUCUGAAGGACCUCUGCGUCGCAAGGCCCCUCGGAGACUCUGCCACUGCGCCCACCCCCGGAGACACGGAGCGAAGGUUCCUCUGGGCUGGCGGUACAGGCUUGACCAUCAUCGAUUUGGCGUCGAUGAACGUCGUUUGCUCCCUUGACAUUUCAGACAGCGCCUGUGCGCGAGGCCGUGAGCGACGACCCAUGCCUCUCGCGCUGUCUCUCGUGGCGUACGAAAAUAGUAUGCUGGUGGGCUUCAGCUCCGGCGUCGUUAAGGCGUAUUCUGCCUCCGGCCAAGAACAAUUCCGAUACGACAAGAGCGCGUAUCUUUCAACGAUGGCAGGCGUUAUGUCUCCGGACGGCCCUUUGCUGCUCUUUGGAGGCCCCCGCGGGGCCUUCCACGCCCUCACUCUGCCGCAGUUCGAAGAGACAGGGCAGCUGAGCGCCCAUGAAGAAGGCGACGUCAAAUCAAUUCUUUUCCUUUCUUCAGAGUUCUUCGUCACAUGUGGAGAAGACAGCGUUAUCUGCGUCUGGCGAUGGGCGAAACCUCAAACGGCCUCCUCGGCUCCCAGCUAG